CCGGCCUGCACGGUGAGGAGGAAGAGAGGGAUGUGAUUGUGGGUGUUCGCGGCGAAGAGAGAACACAAAGUGAUCCCAACCAAGAAGGCGAAAGUCCGACCGAGCGCGAGCGCACCUGGAUCACGUGGUGCGCGUGUCCGUCCGGGGAAGUCAAAGUGUCGCCGGAGUGACUUGUACUUAGUUUCGUCCUCUCUUCGCCUCCCGGCCCCCUCCGCCCUGCAUUCCGCGGAGCAGCUGUGUUUUAAUGCCCCUGCGCACCCGAGGUGGAGAGGAAGGAGAGAAGAGUGAGGAAGAAGAAGAAGAAGAAGAGGAGGAAGAAGUGGUAGUAAGAAGGCCUGGACACCACCCGUCCUCGCCCUUUGGAGCUCCGUCCCCUCUCCCCUCCUGGCCCUGCAUGGACGGGGAUGGGGAGAGCCGGAUGCUGUUGCCGCGGGGCUGAGCGCCUCGCCUCCCCGUCUCUGGUGCGCCGCUUCCGGCCGCUGCUGCUGCUGGUCAUCGCUCUCUGCUGCGGCGCUCACGUCGGUCAGUGCCAGGUGGCGACCCCUCAGUGCCGUAUCCAGAAGUGCACGACCGACUUCGUCUCCCUGACCUUCCACCUGACGCCGGCGGUCGAUGGCUUCCACACCGACUUCUGCAAGGCGCUGCGAGCGUACGCGGCCUGCACCCAGAGGACGGCCAAGUCCUGCCGGGGGAAUCUGGUGUUCCACUCGGCCGUGCUGGGCAUCUCCGACCUCAUGAGCCAGAGGAACUGCUCCAGAGACGGGCCCACGUCCUCCACCCACCCCGAGGUCCCACACGAGCCCUGCAGCUACCACAGCCGCACCCAGCACGCCCACGCACACGCACACGCACACGCCCACGCACACGCACACGCUCAAGGCCACGCCCGUGAGCACUCCCGGCCGGUCUACCUGUUCUGCGGGCUGUUCGGGGACCCGCACCUGAGGACCUUUAAGGACAGCUUCCAGACUUGCAAGGUGGAGGGGGCGUGGCCUCUCAUCGAUAAUGACUAUCUGUCGGUACAGGUCACGAAUGUUCCCGUGGUAACUGGCUCUAGUGCCACGGCAACCAAUAAGAUCACCAUCAUCUUCAAGCCCUAUGAGGGCUGCACGGAGCAGCGGGUCUACCAGGCCGUCACGGACGACCUCCCCGCCGCCUUCGAUGACGGGACGGUGAGCAGCGGCGACCCCAUCCACGUGUCCGCCGGCGCAGAAGGUGCAACCGGGAAGGUGCGCGCUCUGUGGAUCUCUGAGCGCAGCCCGGGGCGCCACGUGGAGCUGCACGCCGGCUACAUCGGCGUCACCGUCAUCGUCCGCCAGCUGGGCCGCUACCUGACCCUGGCGGUGCGGAUCCCGGAGGAGCUUUCUCAGGCCUACGACGCCACCCAGGACCUGCAGCUGUGCCUGAACGGCUGCCCCGGAGGGGAGCGCAUCGACCGGGCCGGGCACCUCCCCCUGCCGCCGCCGGCCCCUCCGGCGCUCGGCCUGCAGCUCCAGCGGCGGCCCGGCUUCUCCUCGCCGCACGGCGCCACGCAGCUCUUCAGCGUGGAGGGGGCGAAGGAGCGCUGCAGGGAGCAGCUGGACGUGCAGGACAUCUACUUCCACUCCUGUGUGUUUGAUCUCCUCACCACCGGGGACGCCAACUUCACCGCGGCGGCGUACAGCGCCCAGAAGGACAUGGAGAGCCUCCACCCACACCGGGAGAGAUGGAGGAUCUACCCCCGCGGCGCCGCCUCCUCCAGCUUGCACUCGGAUUGUCCGCCCAUCAGACGGCUGGCGCUGCUGCUGCUGUGCGCGCUGGGCGGGGCGUCGAAGUGACGCUGUGGGAGGCGUGGCCGGGGGGGAGGAUCUGGGGAGUUUGGUUGGGCGCCGAUGCGUCGCUCUGUCUGCUCUCGUGUGGAAACGGCAAGUCGGACAGCGACUGGGAACCAGUGCGAUCGGCACGAGAUACGAGCGACGCUGACGGUGUCUGAGCAACAUCAGCCCUCUGGGGAACAACACGGCGUCUUCAGCUUUAGAUGCGACACGGGACACACCUGUGAGGCGGGGGAGGGUGUGGAAACGUCAAACUGUAAAUAGCUUGUCUUCAGUGCCGUAGAGUUCUUUUUGUUGUGCCAUUUGAUGUGAUUUCUCUUUAAUACCUCAGACAGAGGAUGUUUGUUUUAACAGAAGCACUUUAUUUCGUUUUUUUUUUUUAGCAAAUCCACAUCAGUGUUUCUCCCUCACUAACUGUCCUCCACCGAGAUCUCCAAUGGCUCAAGUUUUGGAGACUAUCAAUAAUUAGAUUUUUGAACCUUUCAAUGUAAAAGUCUGUGGAAUACUAGGAGCGAUCAUUUUUGUUAAAAUCUUCCAGUAGUGGAUUUAACUCGGCCUCUCAUCUUUAAUUCAGUUAAUGUGAAGUGGUCUCUUUUGAAUGUUUUAUAAAUAUUGUCAAAUGCCAUCCGUACUAUUUUGUUGCUGUAAGACUUUGUUCUUGUUCCUCAGUCCUGAUUUCAAAUAUGUUUGCGUGUGUGUGUGUGCGCGGCUGUGUCCGUGACAUACCUGGAUGUGUUUUAUUUCCUCUGAAAAUCACGUCAGAGGAAUUCCCACCUUUUGGCCACGAGGCUGUGAUGUGAGCGGCUCGUGAUGCUGCGCUCUGUAUUCUGUGUUGUGUUAAUUUGAGCCAAAGACGAAUGGUUUCGUAUGUACAAAGGAGAUCAAAACACCCUCCGCCUCCUCCUCCUCCUCUUCCUCGCACUCAAAUGGUUUUAAAGUUGCUACUGUCGACUGUUUUACUCUUACCACCAGAAUCGAUGAGCUGCUCCUUACUGGAGUACGUAGGAGUGAUGACAUCACCCUGCAAAUGAGGUGUGUGUGUGUGUGUGUGGCCUCUUCAACAUGCAUCUUUCUGUAUAAUUCUGCCCCUUCGGUUGACCACCAUCAGCUUCAUCUCCGUUGUUGGCGAUGUGACCUUUCAUCGUGUGUGAGUGGCCGGUCAAUGUUGAAAUACUUAACUUAUUUAUGAACGUAGUGUCCUGUAGAGGAAGUUAAGCUCCAUAUUCUUGCUGUUGGAUGAUAAUUAAAAAGAAUGUCAGAUGUGA